UGCAGCGCUGGUAGAGUUUGCUAAGAGCUGUGGAGAUAUCAUGACAUGAAAUAUUAGUGGUAAAUCUGUGAUAUUAGUGAAUUUUGACACAUUGGUCAAAUCGUUGACUUUUAAGUGAUUAUCUACUAAAACGUUUCUGACAUUGAUCGAAAGACUGCACAGCAUUUUGACUAGUUGACAACUGAAGAGAGACCUACUCAGGGGAGAGACGGAGAGAGAUAUUCAACAUUCUGGGUCAACCAAACAUCCCUGCCUCAUCAUUCACCGGUCUCCUCAUAAGGCAUGGACUUCGCCAACAGCACCGGUCUCCGUGGUAACCAGACGGACCUCACCAGUGUGUUCACGCGUCAGGUGCUUCCCGUGCUCUACCUGGUGAUCUGCGUGGUGGGCGUGGUCCUCAACGGCCUGGCCGCCUGGAUCUUCUUCCGCAUGUCCAGCUCGUCGGCGCUCAUCGUCUACCUGAAGAACAUGGUGGUGGCCGACCUGCUCAUGCUGUUCACCUUCCCGUGGCGCAUCGCCGGCGAGGCGGGCCUGGGCGGGCGGCCCCUCCAGGAGGUGACGUGCCGCUACACGGGCGUCCUCUUCUACCUGAGCAUGUACGCCGGCAUCCUCUUCAUGGGCCUCAUCAGCCUGGAGCGCUACGUCAAGAUCGUCCACUCCUCCUCGUCCUCCUCCUGCUCCUCGUCCUCCUCCUCCAUGCCCUCCGCCGGCUCGCUGUGCUCCUCCUCGAUGUCCUGCUCGUCGUUGCUGCGGCACGUGCGUUUCGCCCGCGCGCUCUCCUGCCUCGCCUGGCUGCUGCUGCUGGUCUGCAGCCUGCCCAACUCGUUCCUGAGCAACCAGCGGCUGCCGGCCAGCAGCCAGUGGAGCUGCAUGAAGCUGAAGAGCGAGCUGGGCAAGGAGUGGCACCGCGUCUCCAGCCUGGUGAGCGUGGGCAUCUUCUGGGCGGCGCUGCUGCUGCUGGCCUUCUGCUACGCGUCCAUCGCGCUGCGCGUCUACCGCUCCUACCGGCGGCUGGGCCGCGGCGGCGGCAACCAGCAGGUGCGGCGCAAGUCCAACCGCAGCAUCCUGAGCAUCCUGGCGGUGUUCUUCGUCUGCUUCGUGCCGUACCACGUGUGCCGCGUGCCCUACACGCUGAGCCAGAACCGCGACAACGGCUUCUCCGACGCCGGCCGCUACGUGCUCUUCCAGGCCAAGGAGGCCAUGCUGUUCCUGGCCUCGCUCAACGUGUGCCUGGACCCCGUCAUCUACUUCCUCAUGUGCCGCAACUUCCGCGAGUCGCUGCUGCAGAGGCUGCCCUGCUGCACGCGACCCACUCACGCGCCCGCCAGGCGGGGAUCCUUCUCCAACGGCAUCAGCAUCAGCAACCUGUGAU